UACAUCUUACAGAGCAUUCAAAUCUACAGGAAACUACAUGUACAUUGUCUUUAAGACUGAUGGCUCUCAAGAGAACAGAGGUUUCAUUGCAAGCUAUUACAUUCAAGGUAAAGUAACCGACGUGUUAUUAGCUACAUUGUGCAUAUUUGUUUGAUGCAUUUUCGGCUUUUCAUUUCUUUCCAUUAUGUUAAAAAAAAGUUUAAGACCGAACGAAACUAUUCUCACGUUGAUCUAGUAAUACAACAAUUGUGCAUAUAGAUUACAAUAAGGAAAUUGUUUCGAACAGCUACUGGAGAAAUUGAUGCAGCAUUGAAUAGUAAAUGUAACCACCACUACUAAUUGUAUAGAUAUCAGGGUGUUCAAGAGGAAACACUAGUUCACUAGUACAUGAACACCCCUGUGUAAUGAAUAUUAAGAAUAUCUCAAAAUAUUUUUUUUUUAAAUGGGAGAAAAAACAUGUUGUAAUUAUUUAAAAGUAAAGGAAUUAUGUUUAUGAGAUUGUCAAAGAUGCCAUCGACACCCUAGAAGGAUAUCUGUCAUUGUGAAACUUCGUCCUCUUUAAAAAAAGUCCCUUAAAACCCAUCUGUUUAGGUCCGCCUAUGACCUGUGAUGCACCCUUCUUGCCCUGCCUCAUUUUCUGUCUCUGAUUGAUCCUGUACUAUAGGCAAAAACGUGCCAAAGUGUCCUCGUUUUAUAGCCAUUUUAAUUGUUUCUAUAAUAUAGUAGUUACUAUUAUAGUGUCUCAUUUUUAUUUUACUUGGUUAACAUGCUUUUAAUAAUUGUAAAGCGCUUAGAGCCUUAAGGUAAGCGCUAUAUAAAAAUGCCUAAAUAAAUAAAUAUUAGAGUUAACGAUAUCGUUGAAAAAUCGUUAGACCUUGGAAAAUGAACUGUCUACAAAGCAUGAAAAUAAAAGUUAGUGCUCGCCUUUUACUCUCUCUAGACUUCAAUACAGCACUUACAGCAGAAAAUGGAAAGAUUGUUAGUCCAAACUAUCCUGGUAAUUACGAUAAUAAUGUCUUCAGUUAUUGGCGUGUUCGAGGGCAACAGAACAGCUACAUCACAUUCAGGUAUACAAUACAUUUAUUUAAUUGA